AUGGUAGUCGAGACACCGCCAGGGGUAGAGCCAAUCAACUUCCCGGAUCUGAUACAACCCCAGCCACCUCCGAUACUUGCAGACAUUCCAAGAGUAUCUUUUCUCUUUUCUUCUUCCCCCCUCCCACUGCAUUGGCUCAAUGGUCUUUUCUGUUUAUAUCCAACAUACCCAUUAACAACUGGGUCAGCAAUGUCGAAGAUCACCAAGGUUAACCAUGCGGCGGGCAUAUUCGCUGACAUCUCCGUGGAUGGCCCCAUUAUCGGUACCUUGGUCGCUAUCAUCGACCGAGCCAAGAACCUACCCAACCGGAAGACUAUGGGCAAGCAGAAUCCCUAUGCUGCGGCACGAUUGGGCAAGGAAGCAAAGAAAACACAAACAGAUUUGCGAGGAGGACAAACUCCUAGAUGGGACUCGGAACUCCGAUUUACCGUACAUGAAUCCCCCGAUUACUUCAAGUUAAAGGUCUCAGUGUUCAAUGACGAUAAGAAGACAGAUUUGAUCGGCGAGACCUGGGUCGAUUUACAAAACCUGAUCAUUCCGGGUGGAAGCCAGAAUGAUCAUUGGCACCCACUUCAAUACCGUGGGAAAUAUGCAGGAGAAAUCCGAAUCGAAAUGACUUACUACGACACCAGAGAACAGGACGAGGUCCUGAUAGGACGGCGACAAGAAGCCGCUGACCGAGUCCAAGGCAAAGUCCCUAGUACUCCCAGCAGCACGGGCUUGUCAGGUCCGCGGCAAUUGAAAGAUGUCAAGCGACGACCCUUGCCCAGUGGUCCUGCAGGAGCCCCGGCAAGACCAGCUCCUCUGGAACAAACUCACUCUGCGCCUCCACUUCACCACCCCGCCCCGUCGAGACCCGUCAUCACUGAACAUUCAAACACGGUACCUGGUGCUCCCGAGACUAUCUCCCAUGCCCCGAGUCAUUCGGACCCUGCUUACGAUGUGUCGUCUUAUCGCGCACCUUCUCCUGUCCUGCCCCCAUCUCGGGGUGGGUAUGAUGGUGCCGACAACUAUACUCAAGCUGUUGCUCCUCUCCGCCGACAAAUCACUCAUGAACUGCCUUAUACCUCUAAUGAAGUCAUUGAAAGCCCAUACGACCAGCAUCUACUACAGCAGCAAGAGCAGCAGCAGCAGCAGCAGCAGCAGCAACUGCAGCAUGAGCAACUGCAACAACGACUCCAGCAGGAACAGCUGCAGCAACAACAACAAAUGCAGCGAGAACAACUGCAGCAAGAACAUCUGCAACUGCGGAAUCAUUCCGAGUAUGAUCAACCACCUUCGAGAGAUUAUCGCCUCGCCAGGCAAAGCCAAUACGAGGCAGUUUCCCAUGAGGAAGUGCCAUACCAUCCUACCCGCCAAGAUCCCUACGCUCAAAUAGAGCAACCACGGUACGAUCCAGAUCCUAUGUCAUAUGGGGCAACGCAUGCACACGAGCUGCCGGCUUCAGACUUUAUGCCUUCCUCUUUCGGGCCAGUAGAUGACCCGAGGUACCAUCCGCACAGAGUUCGACCUCUACAAAUCACUGCUCAUGGUCAUGACUACCAUCCAGAGUAUGCCGGAAUGCAACCACGAGUAGAGGAUGAAGAUGAUGACGGACCUCCCCCUCCUCCACCGGCACACCGGUCACGAAGGGCUCACUCCCAGCUGCCCAACCCGAAAACAUCGCCCCAACCAUAUGCACCGUACACACCCCAGUCUACUUCUCGAUCCUCAGUUCCCCAUCUCCCAUCGAGUAUGUCUACCUCGUCCCACCGCGAUCGCUACCAGGAGCCUUCUUCAAUGGGGAGCUCCCCAGGUAUGCCUGCAAGCCUCGUCGCGGGUUAUGAACCGCAAGAGCCAUCUGAGAGAUCAGCACUCGAACGAUCAGUCCACAGACGCAGCACCCACUGGGACGAUGAGAUGAUGAUUUCCCAGUCACCCGCACCACUUCCUGCAUCAGCACCCAUCCAGUACGAUGCUCCUGUCCACCCUUUGCGAACAUCCCCCCGACCUAUUGAACAAAGACCCACUUCUAGCAGAGGUGGAUCUGUCAGCCCUGAUAUGCGGGCUGUGACACGAAAGUCAGUCAGUCCGCGGCCCUCUUCCUCAGACGUCGGUGGUGGCUCUUCAAUCCCUUUCUCUCCCGACUCCUACAUCUCUCUGAACCCGAAUGCCUCUCACCCUCCCAGCCGAGAUCCUUCGCCGGCAUAUGACUCGCCUUCGCAAGCUAGAGAUGCCGUGAUACGUGGAAAGACUGAACCCCAUCGAGACGUUGAUCACCCAAUCAUCGGGGAUGACGGUCGUGAAAUAGACCCCUCUGACCAUCUUCCCACCGAUACAUGGGCGCCGGAACCAGAAAGGAAGAACCGCAAGCCUGAGGUUAUUAUCCGCUUCAAACACUCGCCUCGGCCAACUUCUAGAGGCAACGACUCCCCCUCACGCAGCACGGGCCCGCCACGCGUCGGAUUCAGAACGGAGACCACUACUUAUCCGUCAGAUCGUCCAGUUCAGUACACACCCACGCAUGUCCACGCAAGUCCAGGGGCACUGGUCCGAACCCCACCUCGGCCGGACUACGCGCGCGAGCGCUCUGACAGCUACACGCGAAGUCGGGCGUACAACACGCCCACUUCGGUUGAGCGGCCCCGCUCUUCCCGAGGUUCUGUCUCGCCAUCCCCGGGGUCUCGUUCGCCACUGUAUGACUACAGCCCAGGUCCUCCGAUUCCAAGCAAGGUGCCAAUAAGCGGAGGAAGCCCCAGCUACCCCGUCAUGUCUGGCAAUCCAACUGGAAACGUCCGCAUGGAUGCUUUGAGUCGAGAGCUGAGUACGAUCGACAUUGGCUCCUCGGCGUGCAGCCCUGCCCGGGGUGCCGUUCGAAAGUACGUACCCAGACAACCAGCAUCCAUGGGCUACGCUAGGUAA